CUAUCUCAGUCUUUAUCUCCCGAUGAUACUAAGGGCAUACUUAGUCGGGCAUUAGAUGUCCCUGAGUAUUCUGGUCGGGUGAGGGGUAAGGGAUUUGGAGUCACUCCGACCUCCCUGAGUAUUAAAAAAGGAAAGGCUCCUAGUAAUCGGGAGCUUCAUGCAAGAUUGGAAGCCAUGCAAGCUGAGCUAGAUGCAUUGAGGAGAGAAAGAGAGGCUAGCGCCUCAACAGUAUACAGAGAUGCUUCGGACAAAGACAGUAUCAACUGUACCUUUCAGCCGAACAUUCCAGAGGGCAUUUCCCAUUGUCAGCUGUAUUUGUCGUCACCAUACUAUCGGAUGGUUGGCAAGGGAAAAGUGCAUAACGUUAGCGGAGUAUUACUCCACACUAGAGAGCUCCCUGCUGGAUGUUUGAAGGUAUCAGUUGAUAUUGCAGUUGAGCCGAAUGCAGCAUUACCAUAUCCUAGCGAUGAUUCGGAUGCAACAACGGUCAAAUACUCAAAAUAUAACAAAGAAAAAUUCGAUCUGGACUCUUACCGAAAGCCGAGCUACGAUGUUGUUGUCGGUGUUGAAAGUGAUGCUGCCUCGGGUACAAAAUCUCAAGCACCGUUGGAGAGUGAUGGUUUUGUGAAGUUUUGGUGGUUGAGUUGGUGGCCGGAAGUGGAGAGCACCGGUAGUUGUUAUUCGGAGAAGGGAAAGUGGAAGGUGAUUUGGAUGUUGUUUGCGGAUGCUUCAUGA